UUAAUUAUAAAUGCUCACAUGCAAAUGGCUGGUGCUGCAAACUGCAAAGUAGUUAGUUGGAGGCUGGCUGGCAAGUCGCUCAAGUGGCUUGCUCAACAGUCUGCGUGCUACUGCCCUGCAAACGUGUUUGCCAGCCAACCCUCCUGUUCCCAUUCCCAUUGUACGCACCUGAUAUUCAUUUCUGGCCCGCUGCUCAAUUAUUUUACCUGCCAAUCAUAACCUGGCUUACAAACCCCCUCCCCCAACAAAUCCGUUUUUUUAGCAGGAAAUUCAUAUUUAAUAUCUCCAUUGUGCGCCAGCAGCCGCAGCUUCGCAAAGUACAAGCCGGGGUAUGUUCUCUAUUGUGUCUGCCUGCUCAAUUCAUUUUAUCCAAAUGAUUUCAGCCUUGGAGCCUGAAGCCGCGUCUUUCUUCGCCAACAUGGCUUCGGAUCAUUAAUUUGAGGGUUGUUGAGUCACUGCAGCAGGUUCAGGAAUGCUUGAAGCACGAGCUGAUGCUGUGCCUGCUCUGAGCUCCGACCCCGUCCCGAUCGAGAAGGGUCAUAAUGAGUCACCAUUCGCUGCCGGCAACCACUGCGGGCACCGAACAGCGAGCCGACAUCACCACUUCCAUCUCCACCACCACUUGCUUCACGAUGCCAGGCGCUUCACCAGAGGGCCUACUUACCUCUGAUGAGAACUCUCCGCGGCCGCCAGUUUUAGGCUGCGAACAAGAGCCUACGGCCAGCGGUACAUCAUUCUCUGAAGUUUCCAAGCCUGAAUGGAUGUCGUCAUGCAGUUUCACUUAUAAUCCUCGGGACUAUCACAUAGGAAAUAGUACGUUUGCACAAUAUGCAGAUUCCAGUCGAGUCUCUUUGCCAGGAGUUAGUGACAGAGCCACCUCUAGCAACUUCCCGGAGAUCCCAUCCUGUCUCCUGUGGGCCAAAUCUCUGACUCACCUUCUAGAAGACCCCACUGGCUCUGAACUCUUUGUUGACUUCUUAACGGAAGAAAAAUGCAAGUCCAACCUCAACUUCUGGUUUGCUUGUGAAGGCAUGAAGAAUCAGCCCAAUGAGAGAGCGGCAAAAAUGAUGCGCGUCGUAUACCGUACUUACAUCAAGUACAACCCAGCAACAGCAAAACACCAAACCAUUAAUUUGGACGAAAGGGUGCGCAAGAAGGUGAUCGCGAAGAUGGAAGGAUUUCCCAAGGAUCCAACUUAUCUAGACAGGCAUUUGUUUGAUGAAGCUCAGCGCUCGGUCAUGAUGUACAUCAACGAAAACGAAUAUCAAAUGUUCUUGCGUUCAGAGACAUAUAUUCGGCAUGUGCGUGCUAUGCAGAGCAGAGCAUUGGGAGACGGGAGUGAAGAGGAAUGCAGCAGCUCCUCAAGCAGCAACGGCAAAGAACUGACAGCCCCUAUGGGGCUGCUGCCCACACUGCAUGAAGACUCUGAACUGCAAGUAGCUUAUCGCACUGAUGCAUCCCUCAGCCUCACCAAAAGCCAUCUGAGGGCAACUCAGAAUGAAAGAGCUUUAGAGUCGCGGCCUCUACCUGAAGCCAGUAUGUACGUCCAAUUAAAAAAGGCUGCGACAAGCAUGACGUCAAUGGUUCCCAACCCCUACCAUGUGCCCUCACGGCAGUCUUUUCUCUACUCCUCCUACAAUCCUGUGUCCAGGCAGGACAGCGAACUCCAGAGCCUCAGUUCAGACGCUUACACAUCUGAUAGCGCCUCAGUUACUAACAGCUCUGCUGAUGGCAGUCGCUAUAGGUCUAUAAAAAAGCAAAGUAAGCCAAUCAACAAAGAGCCCUUCCUGGACAUAACAAUCAUCCCCCGCACGCAAAGGAUUCCUAGAGAAAAUUUGAAGCCUAUGAAGCCUGAAGAAUUUUUCAAGAUCUUGUUAGCGAAACUUGAAAUAGUUGCAAAGGAAAGAGAACUGGAAGAGCAGCUGGAUAAGAAAUUAUUCCAGGGUGAGUGUGGGGGAGAGGAGAUGGUAACAACUAGUGAACAUGGAGACUCAAAGCAGUUAGAAGAAACUUUUGAAGAUAGCUUGCUGAUAGGUGACAAAGGAAUGCCUUCCUCCGCCCUGCCUUCUUCUGCCCCUGCUGAUAGACUGAAUAGCGCUGAUGAUCAAUCCAUACUCGAUAUGCAUGUCUCAAGAAUUUGGCCUUCCAUCACCCCUGUAAUGGUAUCCCCAAGAGCUAGUUCUCCAGACAGUUGGAGGACAGCGACGACCCUCCCUAUGAGGGGAGGACUCCAGUCGCUGCAAUCUCCUACGCCCAAUUCUUUACCAGCCUUCUCUGCAGCUGCAGCUCAACAUCAUACCAAAAUGUAUGCAAGGCAUACACGAAAGGACAAGGAUGGUGUGUCGACCCUGUCUGCCGAUUCAGGCAACGUUCGCGACUAUAUGGACUCCAGUCACCGUCCCUUCAUUCCGAAGUCCAAAUCAAUGCCUGACUGUGGCGGCCAGCAACCGGUCGAGCCCUAUGCCACCCAGGGCCACGCAUCACGCAUGUUCAGCAAGGAGUCAAUGACGGGUAAACCUAGCAGCACGCGUCGAACCUUGACUGACCAGAGUGAUAGCGGUGUCAGUGUUGUGUCUGAAACGCCUUCUUGCCAGACUAAGGACAGCCGUGUGAUGUACUGGCUCCUUCAAAACGAGGCUGGGCAAGUGAUUGGCAAUGCUGGAUAUUCGCACAGCGAUUCAUCCUCAAAGCAUAAGAGCAGUAGAUCUGGAGGAGCUUCUGCCUCAAACACCCAGAGACAAGCGAGGACCAGCAAAAAAUCGAGUGGUGGCACAGGCUCAAGGUCUGGAUCGCAAGAAAGGAGUUCAGCUCUGCUCACGUCUUUCAAGAAAGGAGCGACGUGGUGUGAUGCACCAAAGCAACCCUUUGUUGCCGACCCCAGUAUGCCGCCUAUUGACAAUCCGCACACACCCACUCAGCUGGAGGAAGCGAGAAGAAGGUUAGAGGAUAACCUGAAGGCAGAGGAGGCGAGAUUGAAGGCGAAAUCUAUUGUCAGGCAAAGGUUCGGGAUAGCGUUGCCAGGCAAAUCGCUUCCGCUUUCGCCAAGUACAGAGCAAUCAAGUGGCAGUGGACAUUCCACCCUGAAGAAGAACCCUCCCCCCUCUAGUUUGGUGUCCACCCUGAGCAGAGCCCCGUCUGAAUACACGACAGUUGUGUUUACAUUCUGCGACGAGGCAGUGCCAUACAGGACCAAAAUAACCAACAAGCACCUCACACUGCGAGAGUUCAAGGAGCUGUUGCCUAAGAAGGGAACUUACAGGUAUUUCUUCAAAACCGAGUGUGAUGAUGUAGAUACCAAGGUUGUCAACGAGGAAGUUAUGGAUGACAAUGAAAUUGUGCCCCUGAUGGAAGGAAAAGUCAUGGCCCAAGUGAAACCAGUCGAGUGAAUGGACGCUAGAAGAAAGUUAUUUUUUUGACAUAAAGAUAGAAAAUGACAACAUCCUGCGCCCUAAAAUAUUGUGCCUUGCAAAUAUUUUGAAAUGUAUUGUGUAUCAAAAUGUGCAACACCGUUGUUUAUACCAAACUCGUAGGGAUGACGACAAAAGAAAAGUGUACUGGUGCAAUUGUUCCUGUGGACAUGGCUCCAUUCUCCAGACAGAUUUUAUAUGAGGUAGCCUCAAAAAAUAAACAAUUGAAGUGAACGAAUGAGGAUUAAUUUAAUAAAAAGCGAUUUUAGCCUUGCUCUCUUGGCAGCUCAUUUCUUCAUUUAUUCUGUCGCAACAUUCUCUUGUUCAUAAUAUCUAAAUUAGAUGACUAUCCAUGGAAUUAUGAUUUUAACUGUUACACUCAGGGAACUCGUAACUUUUAAUUGUUAAUUUUUACUCGCCCUUGUACAGCAGAGAGGUAAAAUUUGAUCGCGAGAUUUUCAUAGGGCAAAGCAUCUAAAGUAUUGACUACUUGACAAUAAUUAGUAAAAAGGAAAGUGGUUGUUUCCAUAUUCAGCUGCCAACACUUGAGCCACAAAUUAUGAUUCUUGCCAUAAUAUUACAUCGAAUGAUUGCUCUAGGUCUUAUGUAUGAAUUGGGUUGUAAAGUCUCUAUUGUUGCGCGCAAAUGUUUUUGUACCUAAUGAAUUAUGUAGUGCGUGGUGGAAAUGAGUCAAAUGGUUAAACUUGUGGACAUCUCUCAUUCAGCCAGUGUACACAGACAUUAUUCUUUUUUGUCCCAGCAUUUUAUUAUUUAUUUAUUUAAGAUAAACGAAUAUUACAUGGUGAUCAAUAAAAAUCUGUCUGUUAUUUUGAUUUAA